AUGUCUGACUACAAGCCCACUGAGCACGACGGCCUCCGCAAGGACGGCCAGCCUGACGGUCGCGUCGGCACCGGCGAGUUUGCUCACGGCAAGGUCGAUCCUCACAAGGCCGGCGAGCAGGGCGGAAAGACUUCUGGCUCCGGCGAGGGUCUUGGAAGCAGUGACAGCAGCGGUGGUGACUACAAGCCCACUGAGCACGAUGGCCUGAAGAAGGAUGGCAGCCCUGACCAGCGUGUCAAGGGGCUAAUUUCUUGGGAUCAUGUUUCGGGCUUUUGGGUGUUGAUGGACGCUAAGAUGCGGAGCCGCAAAAGCAAAUACUCGUCUGGGGUCUUGAGAUCCGGACAACUGGGCUGCAACCUCCCACACAAAGGAUCUUCAGCGGUCCGUAUCCCGGUGCAUAAGCGCAUCAUCCCAGGAACAGGCUCAGACGCAAAACGUCUGCACGUUUUUCUUCAAAUAUAUGCACCAAGGAAUUCUCAUCUGGAAGUCCCUGCAUUCUUGUUCUUCUUUACAUCGACAUUCCUUGUUUGCCAACCCGCUAAGAUGGGUGGUCUUUUGUUGUCAGAUCACUAUGAGUUUCAUAAGCCUAGUACCAAUGAUAUGAACAUUGCGAGCAUCGCUUGGGGGUUUUCCUUAGGCGUGUCGAUAUUUGCUGGCACCAAGGCUGCGAAGCAGACGAUCAAGUCGUGGAAGAGAGGGACGAGAACGAAUAUUUAUCUUAUCUUGGUAUGGAUGGAAUGGACGAGCAGUGUGAUUAUGAGUGCCAUUACGUGGUUAUAUCUGCGACAAUACAUUCCACCUGGCUUUCCAGUCUUCUUCGUUAUUGUCCUUCUUUGGGCCAUUCAGAUCCAAUCGCUGCUCCAGAUUAUCAUCAACCGAAUUUCGAUCCUCAUGGUCAACCGACAUAAUGCAUGGAAGCUCAAACUUACAGUAUUCUUUGUUCUUCUCGUUAUCAAUAUCAGUGUUUUCUGUGUCUGGAUCCCUGCUCGAUUACAGAUCAGUUCCAAAUGGAUUGCUGUUAAUGCUGUCUGGGAUAGAGUUGAGAAGUGCAUCUUCUUGAUUGUCGAUGCUGGUUUGAACUUUUACUUCAUCUACCUCGUUCGGUCUCGCCUCAUCGCCAAUGGUCUUACCAAGUAUACACGCUUGUACCGUGUCAACCUGUUUAUGAUUGCUGUCUCGAUGACAAUGGAUGUCCUUCUUAUCGCAAUGAUGUCUCUUCCCAACGAUAUCGUCUAUCUUCAAUUCCACCCUCUGACAUACCUCGUCAAGCUCCAUAUCGAGAUGAAUAUGGCCGAACUUAUCACCAAGGUCGUCAAGGCCAGCAACCCCAACGGCUACGACUACUCCGACUCGCGAUCUCGCUCUGGUCAAAAGAGCGGGAAAACAACCACUGGAAAGAAGAUGGGCUCCGUCUUUCCAGGCAAUAACCAGACUUUCAUCGAAGCUGGCGGCGACAACAUUGAGUUGCCUCAAAGGAAGGAAGACGGUAUUCAAGUUUCCAGAACUUUCAAGACUACGCAGAUCGAAGUCAUCAAGGAGAAUCGGGAUCGUACUGAUUACGACGAUCUGGAGAGCGAGUCAAGCUCUACACGACAUUUGAAGCGGGAACCGCUACCAUUCCCCGCUGAAUAG